AUGGCGGAUCGUCACCCUCACAGGGUCGUCCGAGGCCCUGGAUCCUCGAUCGACGCCAACGAACUCACAAAACAGUUUGAGCAGCUGCUUCGAACGAGACGGCUAAACACCCUGCAGGCGCGCUCAAGGUCGCAAUCCACAUCUCCUGCUCCCUCGUCCUCGCUUCACCCGACCCAGCCCUCCUCGCCUCGCCCUCAGUACCAGCCACCCUCCUAUUCCAACAUUCGAAGUUUCCCCAUCGUACCGUCGCCUCCACAAGAUCCUUCGUCCAUCAAACUCAGAAAUCUUCUCCAUGUCCUAUCCGUCACUCCAGUAAAAUACGAAAACCCCGGUUUACUCGACGAAGCCCUCGCCCUGAUUCCCUUGGAUCGUCUCUAUGCAGAAGCGGAGGAGGAAUCACAAAUAUUACAGGCAGAGGCCGCUAGUAUAGGUGAAAACGUUAAGCCCGCGUGGGGAUAUCAGGACUGUGUCAUUAGAGCCCUCUUAAGAUGGUUCAAGCGCUCGUUUUUCCAGUUUGUUAAUAAUCCUCCUUGCUCCGCGUGCUACAGCCCAACAAUCGCACAGGGCAUGACGCCACCAACACCCGAUGAGACAGCCCGUGGCGCUACCAGAGUCGAGCUGUAUCACUGUUCGGAACCAAAUUGUGGUGCCUAUGAACGGUUUCCGCGAUACUCGGAUGUCUGGGCGCUAUUACAGUCGAGGCGAGGACGUGUUGGCGAAUGGGCCAACUGCUUCAGUAUGCUAUGUAGAGCUGUGGGUGGGCGUGUUAGAUGGGUCUGGAAUUCAGAGGACUAUGUUUGGACCGAAGUUUAUUCCGAGCAUCAGCGACGGUGGAUCCAUGUCGACGUCUGUGAAGAGGCCUGGGACAAUCCUCGUCUUUAUACAGAAGGCUGGAACCGGAAAAUGGCGUACUGCAUCGCCUUUUCAAACGACGGAGCGACCGAUGUUACCCGAAGAUACGUUCGCAACCCGGCAAAGCAUGGCCUGAGUCGGACACGGGCACCGGAAGAAGUUCUAUUAUGGAUUAUACAUGAGAUUCGACGAAUGCGAAGAGAAAAUCUAUCGAAAGAAGAACGACGAAGAUUAAUGAAGGAAGACGAACGCGAGGAGCGUGAGCUGCGUGGCUACAUGGUCCAGGCCCUCGCUUCUGAGAUCAACAACCUUCUCCCGAACAGUGCAGCCAACUCCCGGUCCGACGAAAUCAAGAUUCCUGUCACCGCGGCUGAUGGUACCGUUGAGUGGGUUAGCCCAGCCGGUGAGACGAGACGAUCACGCUCGGAUAGGUCAAGGGAGAACCGGUAA